AUGAAUGAAGUGAACUGCAUUGGUGAAUUUGGUGUGAACACAAUCAGACACAAAAUGGCAGCAGAGCUACAGGUGAAGCUUCAACCUCUGAUACUGCAAAGAGUGAGGGUGACAAGGAUAGAGUUGGGUCGUGGAUCAUUUGGAGUUGUCAAUGAACUAAGAGUCAAUGGAAUUCAAUGUGCAGGAAAGAAGUUAAAUAAUUUUUUAGCCAUGGAAGAUAGCCUGUUAUGUGAGUUUGGUAAUGCGAUCAUCCUUCACAGACAACAGCAUCAUCCCAAUAUUGUAAAGUUGUUCGGUGUUCAUUAUCCUAGCAGUUCCACACCAUUACCAAUGCUGGUAAUGGAGUAUCUUCCUUAUUCUCUGCUGCAGCUAAUAGAGGGAAGAGUAGCUAUUAAUAAAGAAGCGAUCCUCCUUGAUUUUGCUAAUGGACUCGAUUAUCUUCACUCAAAGAGGCCUCCAAUCAUUCAUCGCAACAUCAAGGCCAGCAAUAUACUCCUCACUGUUGGUCACAAUGCAAAGAUAACAGACCUGA